AUGGGAAGUGACACAAUUGAAAGUUAUCACCCAAAUAAUAAAGGUGGAUUUAGUACUAGUUCAAAACCUUACACAUUAAAUAAUAUUCAAUAUCAUACACCACCACCACUACCACCACAUCCACAAGUUAAUGAAGAUUCACCAUUGGUAUCAAGACAAGAAAGAGAUUAUCCAAUUGAGUCAUCAAUAGAUAUUGGUGAAGGGGUUCAUGCUAUAGUAGAUUAUAGGAUUAAGGAUAAAUUGGAUUUUUAUUCAUUAUGGGGUAAUAUUCUUUGUUUCUCUCAACUUGUUUUAGGUUCAUUUUUAUACUUUUCAAGUGGAUUAGAUUCUUAUUUCAUUUUAACAACAAUCGCUCUUGUUUCUCAUACUUUAAGUUGUUGUUUAGGUUUAUAUGCAAUUGCAAUAAAACAUAUUCUUUUACUUAUAAAUUAUACAGUAUAUGCAUUUUUAAUAUUAGGAGUUAACAUUGCAGUUUUCGUUUUAUCAAUUUUAUCAAUGAAAGAUAACUAUCCUUGGUUUUUAUUCAUUGGUGGUUUAUUAAUUUUAAACCUUCAAUUCUUUGGAUUAAGAUAUAUUAUCUCAUUAUCUCUAUUAUUAAGAGAUUUACAAAAAAAAGAAUCAUUUAUUCAAGCUAGUAUUGUUACUGGUCCAAAUCCACAAUUAAUCUCUCAACCUCCAAAACAACCAAAACAGGUUUAUCAAACAUUUUAUCCAGGAUUACAAUCUCAACAACAACAACAACCUCAACAACAAUAUUAUUAUUAUACAACACCAUUAACAACCACUACAAAUCAACAAAAUACAACCCCAACAACUUCAAAUCAAAAUCAAAAUUCAAAUUUAUCUUAUAAAUUAUAA